AGGAAAGCAGUUAUUCGUCCCCUUCCACAACCUGAGCCGUCCCUAAACGGAAGAUAACUAAGUCAACAAACACUGGCCCAAACGCUGACUAUGCGAAGCAACUUCCGGCCUCAAGCUCUCUCCAGAAAGAAGCCGGGCCCGGUAAUUUGUACCUUAUUUCCGGCGUCCUUCUUCGGGAAACCGGAAAUCAGGAAUCCCGCCCCCUCCCCUUUCCUUUAGACCGUCGGAGGCUUGUAGGGAAGAUGAGUGCUCCAGUUCUUGAGAAGACGGGACUUCUGCUAGUGUCGCGCGAGGAGAUACGCCCGUUUCCUUGUUGGCGUGCGUGACAAACAGAAGGGGACCCGAAUCCGCGGCGAUCGCGCUUCCCUCUGAGGCUCCCGGCUUUGUUGUUCUCUUCCUCCUGAUCUUCGCUGCCGCAUCCUCCAAUCCCCAGAGACUGCCGCUGGGACUUGUCAAUCCUCGGAAGAGACAAGGGUUGUUCGAGGCCUGAAUAAAGGGUUGGGACCAGGGCUGGUGGGACACCGGACCAACCACCUCCUGGAAGUGCCUCGCCUCCAUUACGCCUCCUUAACUUCGGCUGUCUCCUGUUUUACCUGUUUUUUCAGAUUAAAAAGGCAACAGAAGAUUUGUUAAGAUAUAGAAGAAACAAGCAAAUUGCUAAUACAUCAGUUGUGGAUGAGAAUGAGAAUAUGUUUUUGUUGGUGACAUUAUGGAAAAUUCCCCCAAAUGGAAAAGAAAUCAGAAUACCUUUGCCACAUGGUAUUAGACCUGAUACAAAAGGAGUUUGUUUAUUUACCAAGGAUGAAUCCAAUUUAACUUCAGAAGAGACAGAAAAUUUCUAUAAGCAGCUUUUGAAAAAUAAGGGGAUUACAAGCAUUACUGAGGUCAUGCCUUACACAAGAUUAAAACGUCAAUAUAAAACUUAUAAAACUAUGCGGCGCCUUGUGAGUGCUUUUGAUCUUUUCCUUGCUGAUGAAAGGAUUACACGAAUUUUGCUCACACACUUAGGAAAGCUUUUCUGUAGAAGAAAGAAAGUGCCUAUACCAGUAGACCUUACUACCCAGGAUUUGUCAGAACACAUCAAUAGAAUUGUCCAAGGAACUACAUUAACUGUUACUAAUCAUGGUAGUCUCAAUACAGCACGUGUGGGUCACACAGGAAUGUCUGUAGAGCACCUAGUGGAAAAUAUUUUUGCUGCUGUAGAUGUGCUUUCAGAAAAGUUGCCAGAGAAGUGGGAGAGUGUAAAAUAUCUACACCUGAAAACAGAAAAAUCUCUUUCCCUUCCAGUCUUUUCUUCAUGUGUCUCCUUUUUGGGUUCUCCUCAGAAAAGUAAGGAGGAAAAUCAAGGUAACAAAAUAGCCACCAAUUCUCUCCAGGUUUCAGUGAGGCCUGAAAGGGAAUGUGGUCUGGAUGAUCAUGAACUAGAGGCAGAAAAGGAGAGCAUAGCAGAGCCUGACAAUGAGGAUAAGGUUCCACAGCUAGUUCCAGUUCAAGCAGCAUUUUCUCAAAAGCAUCCAGAGCUUCAUAAAGCAGCCCUAAUAAAGGACUCUACUGAAGAGAGCAUCAAUGCUGAAACAUCACAAGCUAAAACUCCUGAUGAAAAGAGAAAGGCCUCCAUGGCUUUGGGGACACCAGAAGAGAUUAACAAAAAUUGCACAGAGUUGAAUAAGACUCCAGACUCUGGCAAACAUAAGAAGCCAAAGAUUGAUGCCUAAAAAGGCAGAGAAAAAAAGUAAAUGCUUCCUAAAGGUCAAAGCCCUGGAAUGCUAAGACCCAAAUCAUUUACUUCUCAUAAUAAAGUAGGAACAAUUAUGAAAUCUAAAAAAGGUCACCAAACUCCCAAACAGAAAUAGAAAAAAGCACAAGACAUCCCUAAGUCACCUAAAUAUCCUUUGAAUGAUUUUUAAAAUAAAAUCUAUUUUUAUUUGCCUUUAUUUCACACAAUGACGAAAAAAUGAAUUUGUGUCAUGUCUAUUUCAUUUCCCUUAAUAUGCUGUAGUAUUUUGUUAUCCAGCCAGUCUUUCUCAUGUGUUUGUUUGAAAUUUACCUGCUUUAUGGUUUUCAUUAACUUAAGCCUCAUGGUUUAAGCUGUUACUUGUUAGAUUUAAUGUAUGUUUACUGUUCUAAUAACUUAAAAUAGUCUAGGUACUCAUCAAGGCAAGUUGUGAAUUGAUACAAAGUUAAUGAAGGCAAAAAAAUGCUAUUUGUUUUUCUAAGAGUUUUCCUUUUAUUCCUUCCUUACCACUAAAUAAGUCCCAAAUUCCUAAGUAGCUUAUUUAUAGAAUUAAAAUAUUCUGAAUAGACCAAGUCUAAUAGUUGAAAAUUCUGCUUUAUUUUGUUUUUAACAUAAUAAAAUUCAUUGUGUUUACAUUCUUGGAACUUUUUCUGUUUUUGAUUAAAACCAAAGAGAGGGAAAAAAAAUUUGUAUUCAUUCAUGUCAAUCCUCUACCUUUUAUUUUAGUUUGACAAUCCCAAAUACUAAUAGGUCAUUUUAGAGUUUCCACACAGGAACACUUUCUCAAGUAGACACAGAUACAAAAUAAAAAAAUAUUCAAAAUAGUGAAAGAACCACUAUAAAGUUUAGAUACUUGCUAUAAUCUUUUUGGACCACCAGAAGACUAGUGGGUAUGGCAAUUUAUUUAUUUCCUGUUAAUAUAAUAUGCUUCUAUUUUGCUUUUUUGUCUUAAACUUUCCUACUUCUAAAUAAACAUAAUUGAAAAACUGUU